AUGGAUCAAAACUUAGAUUAAUAGGAUAGAGAUUGGACAGAUUUAAGAGGUAAUUUAUAACAUGACAUAAAUGAUAAAUGUAAAGAAAUUGAACCUAAAGUUUACACUCAUUAAUAUAAGUUCAUUCAAUAUUGGAUGUUAAUUAACAAUUCCCUAUUAUUGAAUUACACAGAAAAUAGUAAAACCCUUAAUUUUAAAUCUCUCAAAUAUUAAUCAUCUUUAGAUAUGCCUGAGAAGAUAUUUGAUAUGAAAUAAAUGAAUAAAAUAAAAAGAUAAUUAAAAAAUGUGAUUAGCUUGAUAUUUCCUUAUACAAUAUUUAAAGGAGUACAAUCUACUGUAUUUGAUAUAACAUGA